UUGUAUCGAGAUGGCAAGAACCAAGCAGACAGCACGUAAGUCUACAGGAGGCAAAGCCCCCAGGAAGCAGCUCGCCACCAAGGCUGCCCGUAAGAGCGCCCCUGCCACCGGCGGCGUCAAGAAGCCUCAUCGCUACAGGCCCGGUACCGUGGCCCUCAGGGAGAUCCGUCGCUACCAGAAGUCCACUGAGCUGCUCAUCCGUAAGCUUCCUUUCCAGCGCCUGGUCAGAGAGAUCGCUCAGGAUUUCAAGACCGACCUGCGCUUCCAGAGCUCAGCCGUCAUGGCUCUGCAGGAGUCCAGCGAGGCUUACCUGGUGGGUCUCUUUGAGGACACCAACUUGUCGUGCUCGUUUUCAUUCAUCAAAAAAAUGUCUGGACGUGGCAAGGGAGGUAAAGGCUUGGGAAAAGGAGGCGCCAAGCGUCACCGUAAAGUUCUCCGCGACAACAUCCAGGGCAUCACCAAGCCCGCCAUUCGCCGUCUGGCUCGCCGCGGAGGAGUCAAGCGUAUCUCCGGGUUGAUCUACGAGGAGACUCGCGGUGUGCUGAAGGUGUUCUUGGAGAACGUCAUCCGUGAUGCCGUCACAUACACCGAGCAUGCCAAGAGGAAGACUGUCACUGCCAUGGAUGUGGUUUAUGCACUGAAGAGACAGGGACGUACUCUGUACGGCUUUGGGGGUUAAAUAUUUCGCUCAUUCAAAUAACAAAAAGGUCCUUUUAAGGGCCACUUCACCCUUCUACUGAAUGCUCACAUUCCUUACAAGUUAAUAUCAACUGAGUUGCACAUGUACUUUUUUUAGAGCUUUGCAUACGCAGCAUACCAAUAGAAAUAGUAACCGCCACGGGUGUAGUUUAUGCUCAGAAGAGAGCAGAAAAUAAAGGUUCUUUUCAAGGCUACACAUUCUAAGAGAAUGAAUUCAUCUAAAAAAUUACACUCAUAACUUUUAACUCAAAAGAGUAAGAUUAAGACUGCAAUUUUGUUCGAACACAGAAUUUAUUCAAGCAUUUUCCCUGUGGUGCAAUAGGUGCACCAAAAUAAAGUGACCAAAACGUCAAUGAUCAU